AUGGUUGGCAUUUGGGCCCCAGGCUUCUGCAUGGCCCUGGCUGACGAGCCUCCUGAGAAGGCAGCGCUGCCCCACAUGGGCCCUGGGGCCUCGGCAGGAGCUGCCACAGAGUGUCAGUGGCAAAGCUGCCAGUGGAGGCUUCUCCAGUGCCCUGCAGAGUGGGGGAACUUUGCUGAACUGGAGCCAGCGUCAAGGCCGUGGGAGGUACCAGCCAGCGCUGCUAGCUCGGGGACAGGGGGCUGUGGCAGCCGCGCCGCAGGGCAGCCUUGGGUCACGGUGAUCGCUGGGCGCAGCGCGCCCCGGCACCACAACGGGCCCACGGAGGAGGCUGUUGGCGACGCUGCAAGCUCCGGGGCCCGCCUGAUCCUCAGCGAUGUGCCAGUGGCUUAUGAUAACAUCAGAGUAGUGGGUGAAUUAGGUGAUAUUUAUGAUGACCAAGGAUUCAUCCAUUUUAACAUUGAAGCAGAUUUUGUCAUUUUCACUCCCAAGAAAGGAAAAAAGCUUGUGGGUGUGAUCAAUAAAGUGGCCCCAAGUCAUAUUGGCUGUCUGAUACAUGGGUGUUUCAAUGCUUCCAUCCCUAAACCUGAUCGAAUGUCAGCUAUAGAGUGGCAAGACCUUGGGUUAAAAAUAGGAGAUAAACUGGAAUUAGAAGUGGUGCAUUUAGAUUCCGAUGCUGCUGGAGUAUUCUUCAUUCGGGGGAGACUGAAUAAAGACAGUAUGCAAUCCAAAUAUCCUGAAUCAGUAACUGAAGAUACAAACAGUAUAGAUGAAAUACCAAAGAAAAAACACAAGAAAAGAGACAGAAGGAAUUGUGAGUUAGAAAAUGACACCGAGCUUACAGACAAUGCAGAUACUACUGUGGUGGAAGAUGCAGAAGAGCAGAAUGCUGAUACAGUAAAUGGAUUUUAUGAUAAAAAGCCAAAGAAGAAGAAAAAACAUAAGCAAGAAAAGCAGAAACCUGUAUUUUAUGGGAGUGACUGUAGUGGUUACCCGAGUGACCAUAAAAAGGUUAAGAGAAAGAAAAGAGAACAUUGUGAUGUAGAUGAAGAGAGUGAAUUAUCUCGAUUGUCACAAGAACCUAAAGCCAAAAAGAGAAAGGAAUGACAAAUGGACUGAAGAGUCCAAAAAUCCCUUGCUUGAAUGUAAGAUUGUCAUCUUCUUUCAGAAGUACUUGAUAAAUUUCCAAUAAAAU